UUGUCCAGCGGACAAAAUCGUGAAUCUAAACCAUUCCCAGAUCCCGUUGAACACACACAAAAAAUUUCAUCAAAAUCGCUGGACACAUGGUUCGGGAGGCCGAAGAAGGCUGGUGGUGGAAUCGAUCGUGGAUACGAUACUGUUCCAAGAACUGAACUCAGACCUGAUGAUGAAGAACCUGCGACCGAAUACACAGCGAAGAUUGAUGCUCUGGACGACGACCAGCUGGAGAGACGGUUCGAAGAAAUGCUGACUGACAUGAACAUAGGAGAGAAAAAGAAGGAGCCGCUGAGAAAAUACUCCAGAGAUCAAAAGAAGAAGAUGUUGGUCGCUUACAAGUUUGUUAACGCACAGGAGGGUAGAUCGAAAUUCGAGAAGCCAGCUGAUUAUGUAUCCUAUUUGAACCAGCCAGAGCUAUCAGUGGGUAAAUUGCACAGUUGUCUGGAGAAUUUGAGGAUAUCCCUAACGAAUAACCCAUUGUCGUGGAUAGAAGAAUUCGGGACAAAGGGUAUAGAGAGUUUACUGACUACACUCAAUGUAUGCUAUACUAACGAUUCCCGUUACGAUCGUGUUCAGUACGAGUGUAUCCGAUGUCUCUCCGCUAUUCUAAACAACACGGUCGGAAUAAGGGCGGUGUUCGACUGCAGAGAGGCUCUGCCAGUAUUAGCCAGGAGUCUGGAUGCUAGGAAACCUCACUGCGCUCUGGAGGCUGCUAAGGUGUUAGCAGCAAUAUGUCUGAUACCUAAUGGCCAUGAGAAAGUUCUUGAAGCUAUCACUAUGGCUGGUGAGUCAAGCCGAAGACCUAGAUUGCUGCCAAUCAUUGAAGGCCUGUCUCCGAAGGCACCUGAGAGUCUCAAGAAUGGCUGCAUGCAACUCAUGAACGCCAUCAUAACUGAACCAGAAGAGCUUGAGUUCAGGAUGCACUUGAGAAGCGAGUUCAUGAGAACUGGUCUUUAUGACCUAAUGGAUUCCCUCCAAGCGGGCGCGGAGGACGGCGGGCGUCUAAUACAGAUGAAUGUAUUCGACACACACGCCGCAGCCGAUCAGGAGGAAUUCCUCGCCAAGUUUGAUGAUGUGAGGGUAGAUUUCCACGAUGUCAAUGAAUGCUUUGAAUUGGUGAAGAAUCUUGUUGUGGAAACGCCCGCUGAGCCUUACCUUCUGUCCAUUCUGCAACAUCUACUUUUCAUCAGGGACGAUGAGCUCAUAAGGCCGGCAUACUACAAGCUCAUAGAGGAAUGUGUGACGCAGAUAGUGUUACACAAGAACGGAUACGACCCCGACUUCCGGUUGACGCAGAGGUUCAACAUUGACGUGCAGCCGUUGAUAGAGGGACUCAUAGAGAAAUCAAGAGCAGAAGAAGAGAGAAAAGUCGAAGAAUUGAAGAGUAAAUUAGAAGCUGCCAUAGCAGCGAGGCAGGAGGCAGAGGCUAGGGUCGCGCACUUGGAGCAGAGACUGAAAACAGCGCCUAGCGGACCCGGGGGAGUGACGCAGGGGAAUAUAGCCGCUAUAGCUAAGGUGAUAGGUAGUCCAGGUGGACCUCCCCCCCCUCCUCCGCCGCCGAUGCCAGGUCAGCGGGGGUGCCCCUCCUCCACCCCCCAUGCCGGGUGCUGCGGCCCCUCCCCCUCCUCCCAUGCCCGGAGGACCGCCGCCCCCUCCCAUGCCGGGGGGACCCAGGCCUCCGCCGCCUCCCGGGAUGCCAUCCGCUCCAAGAAUGCCUCAACCGGAUAUACUUCCUCAUGGUCUGAAGCCUAA